UGUGUGGUUGACCACUACCCCAUCAAAAAGGCACCUGAAAUUGAUGAAAGAUAUUCAUAUCAUCUGGGAGUUUUAAAAGUUAGCACACUGUCUUUGGUAUGAUACGCUUGGCGCAGAGUUUUUGGCGGAUCGCGCAGCGCUUCAGAUUGGUUGCUACAAGUUUGAAGUCGAAGCGCGUUUUGGAUGAGAAUACGCCUGGAAAUGGGGGAACAGCGCCGAAGGCACUCAGAAUGGAUAUAACUACUAUCCCCUUCCUCUCGCCGAACUCAUCCACGGAAACUAAUGGCACGAGCGCGCCUAGACCCCCGCCGCAUACACAGUACGCUGCGAUGCUCAUCAUUCUCGUGGUUACCGUGAUUAUCUUGGUGACCAUAGUGGGUAACGUAUUAGUGGUGGUGGCCGUUUUCACCAGCCGCGCGCUGCGUGCGCCACAGAACCUCUUUCUGGUCUCUUUGGCGUCUGCUGAUAUUUUGGUGGCCACUUUGGUUAUUCCAUUCUCCCUAGCCAAUGAAGUGAUGGGCUACUGGUACUUUGGAAGCACCUGGUGUGCCUUCUACCUGGCUUUGGACGUGCUCUUCUGCACGUCAUCCAUUGUGCACCUCUGCGCCAUAAGUUUGGACCGCUACUGGUCGGUCACCAAGGCGGUCAGCUACAACCUAAAGAGAACCCCGCGGAGAAUAAAGUUCAUGAUCACGGUGGUGUGGGUCAUUUCGGCCGUGAUUUCCUUCCCACCGCUUCUCAUGACCAAACACGACGAGCUGGAGUGCUUGCUGAACAACGAGACCUGGUACAUCCUCUCCUCCUGCAUGGUGUCGUUUUUUGCGCCUGGUCUCAUCAUGAUUUUGGUGUACUGCAAGAUCUACAGGGUGGCCAAACAGCGCGCGUCCACCGUGUUCGUGGCUAAGAACGGGAUGGAGCGACAGCCUUCGCAAUCCGAGACCUGCUUCGUGCGUAAAGGCAAGUCAGAGAUGGAGAGCCCCAGCAGCCACAGCUCAGGCAGCCGAGAGCGCAAAGGCGAACUCGACGACAUCGAUCUGGAGGAGAGCAGCAUCUCCAAAAGACAAAGAAACUCGCAGAGAGAGAGAGAGAGAGAGAGAGAGGGGAGGAGUGAAACGGGCACAAACACUCCCAUAUUUGUUCAGCGCGACACACUGGAGCGUACCGAAGACUCAAGCUCAACACCAGGCAUUCCCUGCCGCUUGUCUCCGCGGGCGCUUCUUUAG